GAUGACAGCUAGCGCCACACAGAGUCAAUGGAUUUGAAAAAGAAGGCUCGCCUAUUUCGUAGAGGAGGCUAUCAUGGCGCUGCCCAGUUCCGACGGUUUAUGUUGCGGGCAUAGUAUUUACAUAUGACGUUUAAGUACGUGACAUACGUGUAGAAUAUUGUGCGAUGGAUGUCGACCAAGUUUUUCACAUUGUUGGGGAGAUUGGCCCGCAACAAGUAUUAUAUUUUAUUUACGCAUCUAUUAUUGGUGGUGUGUUUGUAAGUGGACAGAUGCUGCAGAUUGUUUUCACUGGGGCAACCCCUGAGUACACGUGUUGGGAUUCAAAUAAGUUGACUAGAAAUACGUGCGACAACAAUAACAACUGCAAGGGCCCUUCUUAUGUGUCAUCGUUCACCUCCAUAGUAACCGAGUGGGAUCUGGUCUGUAGCCGAGCAUACCAGGUACGUAUCGUGCAGUCUGUCUUCAUGACAGGCGUCAUGGUUGGGGCCUUCGCUUUUGGCUACCUCUCAGAUCGCAUCGGACGCCGUCGCACACUCCUGUACUCAACAGUGCUGAUGUCUGUCUUCAGCUUCUUUGGCUCCAUGGCACCCAGUUUAUACCUUCAUGCAGCAUGUCGUUUCUUGACUGGCACCACAACUGCAUCUCUGGCCCUGGUCUCAUUUGUUCUAAUGACAGAGCUUGUGGGGCCAUCACGUAGGGCCCUGCUGGGAACUCUCUUUCCUGGAUUUUUUGCUGUAGGCAUCGCACUGCAUGCAGCACUGGCAUAUUACAUCCCAAACUGGCGUUACUACUCUGUGGCCACAUCACUCAGCGGUCUCUUGUGCCUGCCGUUGUCCAUAUGGCUUCCUGAAAGCCCACGGUGGUUGAUACUUCAUGGUCAGCGCCAGGAAGCAAAGGCGGUCCUGUACCGCAUAGCUGUGGGAAAUAAUUCCGUUAAUGGCUUGCCUCGUUCUUGGGACAUUCAAGAGCACAAAAUGAAGCUUCAGGCAAGCCACCCUAAGGUGCUGCUCAGCAACAGAACACUGCGGAACCAGACAUUGAUUCAGAUAUUCCUCUGGAUGGUAAAUGGAGUAUCGUACUAUGCACUCACGAUGGCUGCAAGCAUUUUGGGUGGCAACCUCUACCUCAACACGGCACUGUCUGGCUUAGUUGAAGUGCCCGGUUACCUCCUCACUGCUUGGCUAUUGGGCUUCAUUGGCAGGAGGCGUUCAUUAUGUGCUGUCAUGCUCCUUGGUGGACUGUCCUGCAUCGCACUGCACGUGCUCUCACACGUUGGAGCAUCUGUGACCAUUUGCAGCAUUCUGUCGCUUUUGGGCAAGAUGUGUAUUGCCGCAUCUUUUGCCAUAAUCUACAUUUAUUCAGCAGAGCUCAUGCCUACAGUUGUGAGAAAUGUUGGCAUGGGUGUAGCAUCUGUUGCAGCACGUGUUGGCGGCAUUCUCUCUCCAUUUGUCAGCCUCUUGGAUCAAAUAAGUCCAGCACUACAGUUCACAGCCCUUGGGUUGCUGAUGGUGAUCUCUGGACUGGCAGCCCUUUCCUUACCAGAAACAACUGGGAAGCCCCUCCCAGAGACAAUAAAUGAUGUUGAGAAAGACGAGCGAGAUCAUCACGUCAAACAUAAGAUUCACGGCCUUCCAAUUACCAAUGGUGCCUGGGAAAACUCGGAUGAGGAGCUUACAAGUGAAAAGCAAGCACUCAUGGAGAAUACAUAGGUCAUUGUUUUUGUAUAUUCUUGAGUGACAAUAACUGAACAUCCAUUGCCUGCUUCAGUAAUUAAUGUCUAGAACAAAUAUGAAACACAAGUACUACUUUAGUUAAUAAUGUAUCUUUCGACAGUGGUGAAGUGGUGUGGGCCGAUGCCUGUCAUAUUCAUUUAAUGUCAGUGUGUAUUAUUACGGGCAACAUGAAAUAUUUUUAUGUUUUCUGACAUUCCUUUCGUGCCAAAUGCAGCACGGACAAGGAAAUAAUGCACGAUACUAUAAGUAUAAUGUCUGCUAUUGAUGCAGCAUAAGUAGCAAAAUACUUCUGUAAUUUCAAAGCACAUAAUAUUUCACACUUUGUUCCUUGUACAGUGUCCUAGUCUUAACUUGACCUAUGCUAUUUGAUGCUCAAUAACCUGUUAUGGUACAUAACAUGUUUCAGUUCAUGUGUAACUUUUAAAACUUACAUGUGUUCUUGAACGUUGUUCCAAUAACGUUUCACUUCAGGUUAUUACACUCGCACAAUGUGUAUUACUGGUGCUGCGUAUUGGUUGUGUUAUCAUCUGUGCAGUCACUCUGGGACUGGCGCCCAUUUAUCUCUGCAACGUGAAACAGCAUAUGUGGCUAUACACUGAAAAUGCCAGGCAGAUAACGUUCGCAGUAAAACCGUGCUAACUAAAACACUGGGGAAUGAGCAGCAGACACCACAGCAGUAGCUUUAAAUGAACAUAACAAUGGCGUAAAUGUCUCUGAGAUUUAUGGUAUGUAUAUACUUGGGUACGCACAAUCAUACAUAACCUGUGAAAUAUGAACUGACCAUAUUGUUUCGACGUAAUUUAUAGCAUUGAUUUUAUGUUGCGCAUCAGUAUAUUGCCAAAGUUGUGAGACAUCACUCAAACUGUGCCAACCCUAGUGUACUGAUGAUCUUUAGAACUCCCCCACUAUGUGCUUUGUUAACGCCCUCUCACAUGUAAGUUUUCUAUACUGGUAGAGAUACUUCAGUUUUGAGAUAAGUUUUUGAUGGCUUAUUGAGCCAUAAUGAUUCUCACAUUUCUUGUUCCCAAAUGUGAGCCAGCACUUCCACUUCCAAGUUUUGUCAUCUACUGCCGAUUACAUUUAGCGGCAUUUCAGGAUACCAGUAAACAGGCUUUUUUUCAGGAGUGCUCCGGGAACUCCUGAGCAAUGAAAGGAAGGACACAAGACAGACAUUAAUGCUGCCUCAUGUGUGUAACCGUGUUGACCAAGUGUUAUAGAAGACCUGAUGGUUAGACAAAUUAAUGACUAGACAUGGGAGCAACAAUGUGUAAAUUAAUGUUAUUGUUGAAAACUUCAAGUGUAAUAGUGAUACCUGAAAGAUGUUAUGUAUCGUUACUUGUCACUCACAGCAGUAUUAAGAAAAAGAUCUGAGGUAACCAAGAUCUCAGGUGUGAUAGUCACACACAUGCUGUGCCGUUACUUUGUGAUGCUGUACAUUGUAAAAUUGAUUGAUCAUUUUUUGAUUGAUUGUGCUCCCACAUACGUGUGUUCAAUGAGGUCUGCAAUUUUUAUGCCCAAGAUGUUUAUGUAUGCUAAAGGGGUAUUCAAACAAUUCAUUCCUAGACUUUAACAAGACAAUCUUCAUGCUGUUUUAAAAAUGGACACUGUAUAGUUAAGACAUACGUUACGUGUGCAUGUUACUGUUUCAACAUUGAAAGCUGCUUAUGGUAGAAUUUUCAGAUACCAUACUACAAUCUUGAAAUUUAAAUUUCCACAUGUUCAUGCAGCAGGUAACAAUAUAGAUCUUGAGCUCAUGUGUUCUAGUCAACCACAGAAUUAUUUUUUCCUGGCACAAGCUUAUCAAGCUAGUGCUUCCUAAUAUUCUUUGUUUAGUUUAUGUAACAGAUAACAUGCACCAGUGAAGCAUGCAUUUGUCUGUAGUUUCUUGUUUUGUCAAGUCUCCUAAGUGAACAUUACUUGAUACAUUCCACUGACCACAAAUCUGUAUGAAUAAGAUACGUUUUAUACACCGUGCAUUGUACUGUAGCAUUUGUUAGUAAAAUAUAGUACUUAAUUGUAUCGCUUUGCUACGUGCCAUGACAUAUAACAUGUAAACCGCAUGCACAUAAACACUAAGGCCCUCGGUUUUCAGCGAAAUUUUGAGGAAUCCUUCAUUUGGCACAGAAUUUCACGGAAUCCCUUAUUUUUAGGGGUGCGCGGAUAUUCGAGUUCACGAAUUCGAACCGAAUAUCAAUCAGUCGAAGUAUUCCAUUCGCUAAUCGAAUACCCAAUAUUCUGGAUAUUCACCUAUUCCCUGCAUAUGAACACCACCCUCAAAAGUGGGCUUCACCUGAUGCUUCCCUGCAUGAGAUGAAGCCUGCUCUACAAAAUUGAAGCCUGCUUUAUGGAAUUGUCCAUGAUGCAGCUUAAGAUAACGUUUAACUUAAGUUUACUGUGCAUACUUCGCUUGAGGAAGGGGCGGCGUCCCUUCCGUGUGCAGUUCAGCAGUGGCAGUGGCAGUGGGGGACUUUGAUUUGAUGUCUGGGAGUUUGCCCUUAAAGACUCUUAAAUAAUGCCUGCAGCCCAAGAAGAAAAAAGGUUGGCCUAAAGAUGGAACUUCCCCAGGAUAUGUAUUGUAAACUCCUUCUUAAGUUGCUAUAAACUCUGUAGAUGCUGGAAGAUCUUUACCGCAUCUGAGGAGAACACAAGAUAUCAUGUAUGUAAUGCUGAGCCACAGCAACGCUUUAUGCAAUUUUAUAAAAUAUUUUUCGUUCCCACAUUAUCAGUGGAAAUAAAGUGUUUCUCAUUUCAAGCAA